UACAAGAGAUAGUGGAAAUCAAUUUGAAUAAACAAAACAGGUUUGCUGAGAAUAAAACCAGGACUCCUGACCUGAGGCAGGCAGGCUGCUCCGAGGGCCCUGUCAACCAGCACAGCAGCUGCGGAGAGGGCGAAAGGGCCAGCAUGCACCAGGUGGUGGCGUUCCUGGCAAUGGUCGUGGGGACCCACACCCUCUGUUUGGAGCUUUGGAAGGACUGCAGUCACAGGUCUACCUGCUGCACCAGUAAAGGGCAGGCCCUCCCUGAGGAGUGGCUGCAGUGGACUCCUGUGCCCGUGACUCCCCCAGAGCUGGAGCUCACCCACCCCCAAGAAUCCUGCAGGGCCAGCGAAGACGGACCCCUCAAUAGCAGGGCCAUCUCCCCCUGGAGAUACGAGUUGGACCGGGACCUGAACCGGCUCCCCCAGGACCUGUACCACGCCCGCUGCCUGUGCCCGCACUGCGUCAGUCUCCAGACGGGCUCCCACAUGGACCCCCUGGGCAAUUCGGAGCUGCUCUACCACAACCAGACCGUCUUCUACCGGAGGCCGUGCCGCGGCGAGCGCGGGCUCCGCCAGGGAUACUGCCUGGAGCGCCGGCUCUACCGCGUCUCCUUGGCUUGCGUGUGCGUGAGGCCCCGGGUGAUGGCUUAGUCGUGUGUCUGCCUGAGGCCGACCCUUGGCGGGAAAACUGGAGCUAGGUGUCCCGUCACCUGCCACGGUGGCCAGGACCCCUGAGCGCUCGUCCUCUCCAAAGCACCCCGGGGACCAGCAGGUCCUUGGCUCGGCGUGGGGGGCUUUGGCGCCCUUUUGCACUUUGGGAAGCACUUUGUGAAGGCAGCAGCUGCGGGAAGCUGGCGUCCUGGCCUUGCUGGAGAUGAGCACUCCUGUCUCUGCCUUCCGCCCUUCCCCCAGCUGCCCUGGCCCAGCACAGGCACUUUCUUGAUAAUCACCCCUUUGCCAGGGGAAGGCCCUCAUUUCAUUUGUUCAUUCUCUCGCUCACUCACUCGUUCACGGGGGCAUCAAGCAUUCGGUGGACGUAGAUCACUGCACAUGGGCAGAUUCAUCCAAAUAAACAUCUGUAUUUAAAAAUGA